CUCAAACUACAAUUCCCAUAAGGCACCGGGCAGAUUACGGCGGUGAGCGCGUGCCGUCGUAGCGAAGUAGACACACUGCUCCGUGUAAUCAGUAUAGCGGGCGACCGAGCGCGGUGUUGGUUAGUGUGUGUGUUGCAGGGUGUUUCAGGAUGGGGGACAAGCCUCUGUGGGAGCAGAUAGGAUCCAGCUUUGUGCAACACUACUACCAGCUGUUUGACACUGACAGAACACAGCUCGGUUCAAUAUACAUUGAUGAGUCAUGCCUUACGUGGGAGGGACAGCAGUUCCAGGGGAAAAGAGCAAUUGUUGAGAAACUAUCUAGUCUUCCCUUCACAAAAAUAGCCCACAGUAUAACAGCGCAGGACCACCAGCCCACCCCAGACUGCUGCAUCUUGAGCAUGGUCGUAGGACAGCUAAAAGCAGAUGAAGACCCCAUCAUGGGAUUCCACCAGAGUUUCAUCCUGAAGAACAUAAAUGAAGCAUGGGUGUGCACCAAUGACAUGUUCAGGCUGGCACUCCACAACUUUGGCUAAACACCUCUCCCUGCUCUGGUGGGCAGGGGCGGUCAUAGCGGAGGGCGCAGUGUGAAAAAAAGGAUGGAGGGAAGGGAGGGAGGAGUUGAGGAUGAGGAGGAAAGAAGACACUCAUCCCUCCCUCUCUCCCUCUUGUCCCGUUCACACCCGUUUGACAAGCAAACAGACACCGGAUUCUAGACGUCAAUCACAGAACCUCAUGCGGGUGGGUUUUCAGACCACCCCAACCAAUAGAAGUGCGAUGUGUUUCUUUUGCUGAGUGCCGGCUGACCAAUCAGAUGCCCCUGUCUGCCCCUCCACUGAUCUGCAUGACGCUGGGAGCCCCCCCUCCCCAUUACAGUAUCUACACUCAAGCCAGACCAGGAAGACAUUUACCAGCUUACUGACGCCAUUAACUCAUAUUCUACUCUGCUCUCCUCUUCUUUACUUAAUUCUAAUGCGUUUCGACUUCACUCUGCUCUGCUCUACUGUUGAUGACUUUACCAUUCUCAACUCAGUUCUUUUAGCACUAUCGUUGACUGGUGUAGAUCCAUGUUCAAGGUUCAGAGUCAGAUUCUUCAGUUCCUACUUUCUAGUGUUUUAAUUUCUUUUUAGAAGCCACUUGUGUGCAGUUUUUAGCUUGCCUUAGUGUGUUCUACAACUGAGUUAUGUUUGCAUUGAUGGUUAAAUUUUGCCAUGGUUCAUGUUUUCAUGUCAGGUUUUGCUCUCGCAAACCAAAGAGUCAUGGAGGACAUGAAGUUUGACCUUGCUGUGUGAUCAGCGCUUACCCUGCUCUCUCUCUCUCUCUCUCUCUCUCUCUCUCUCUCUCACUCUCUCUCUCUCUCUCUCUCGCUCUGACUUGCCCUCCCUGUCUCUCAUUUCUCUCUGGCAGUUAACAUGGUUACUACAGCCACGAUACACAAUAAAACCUGGACUUUUUUCUUA